AUGGCGGCCGGCGGCGCUUUCCCUGUGGUGGAUCUGGCGCCUUUCUUCACCGAGGACGACAGCGGCGGCCGCGCCCACGCCACCGAGGCCGUGCUCGAGGCGUGCCGGACGCACGGCUGCUUCAGCGUCGUCAACCAUGGGCCGAGCUCAUGGCGCGCGCUCGAGCUGUCGGCCGCGUUUUUCGCGCUGCCGGUCGACGAGAAGGUCAGGGCCCGGCAGGCCGAGGGGACCGUGGCGCCCGUCCCGGCUGGCUACGCUCCGCAGCCGGCGCACUCGGCCGACAAGCUCGAGACCAUACUGAUGUUUGAUCCGAAGCUCGGGUUCAACGAGUACCCCCCCUGA